CCUUGCUUGCUCAGGGUGGGGCCCUUGGCCUUUGCCCUUCAAAGGGAGGCUCAGUGAAGGUGCUGUGUCAAUAGACAGGGUCAUAAAACUUGUCCUUGUCCAGCCUGGUGUUCGUGGGAGGGGCACUCCAGCUCCCCCCCACCUGCCUGCCCGGUUUUUCUGCAUUCUGUGGAAGCCUUUCCAUUUUCCUUAUCUUCACCCAAGGCAGCCUGGCUUGGGACCUGCUUUCUGAGCCUCCCAAGGACACACACUCAGAAGGUCAGCCGUGGGCGUUCCUUGGCACAGCCCCAACAGGGCGAGAUUCCUCGUCUCCCUUGCCAACCUUGCCCCACCAACCUUCCUGCGUGUGGCACCCUUCCUCGUUCUCUGCCACGCCCUGGCAGCCCUGCCUGGCCUCCCUUUCCACUUCACUGGCAAUGAAGGCAUCCGUGCCGGAGCGCCGUGGCUCAGGAACAGGCACCUGUGGCCCAACUAGAGGGCAGAGGGCUUUGGCGCUGCUUCUCCAAUGCUGCCGGGGAGGGGGAGCUGGCUUCCUGAGGCCUGGAAAGCAGAGUCCGGCUCUGAGCUGAAGAGAAGAAACCAAACUCAUGGCUCAGGCUGACUGGACAGCAGGGCACCCUACGAGCGCAGAAUAAAAAAGCCAAAGGAAAAAUAAGAGGAAUAGCGUUGCUUUCGGGGCGUCGGCUCAUCCAUUCGGAGGUUUUUCCUGACCGGAUUUCUCAGUUCCUUCGAUAGUGGUGGAGAGUCCCGUGGGAGACAUUUGGAGACGUUUCUGCCUUGGAAAUGGCCCAUGUUGAACUGUAUCAGCACAGGAAAUAUUUUAUGACAUUUUGUAUUACGAUAAUGUUAUUGUCACAAAAUGUUUUAUAAAAUUUGCCAAAUUGCAAUUCCACUGGAGUUAUGAGUCCUGGAUUUUGGACACAUUCUGUAAGUUAGCCCACUUGAAGUACUUGGUCCAAAACGUUUUGCCCUCUGGUCAGUUUCGCCCAGUAUGUGGAGAUUUACUUACGUGUGUGUGCCAAAGGGGAUUCCGGGCUUCCUUCCUGCUAAGGGGAGGGCACACGCUUGGAGCUGGGAGUUUGCCGGAAGCAGCAAGCUCCCCCCUCCUGCUUCCCCUUCAGGCACGGCUUUCCUCACCUGGCAAGGUGAGAAUAGAAGCGAUGGCUGCAAAAUGUCUGAACCAGCCAUGAUGCUGCUGCUGCCGGCCCAGGAGGAGCAGCCUUGCAGAGUCUCUGGAGUCUCUGCGGAGGAGCCUCCUCCUCAGCUGCCGGGCGAGAGGGAGCCAGGAACUGGUCAGCAUACAAGCAAACAGCAGAAGGCAGGCCUUCGCCACCUAAAUCCCCCCCCCACCGCCCAGGAGAAGAGCCGACUGGUACCCCUCAUCCCCCUCUCCUAAAGCUAUGCCUCCCUCGAGGGAGCCCAGUUAAACGAACUCCCCCCCACCGCCCUCCGUUCUGUGAGGGGUUGAGGAAUGUGGCCGGGCGGGGGGGGGCUGCCCCACUGCUGAAGUGGUCCCAUUCUCUUCCUGCUUCCUUUUAUUGUUCAGUCCAUUUGGAAAUUAUAGAGUCUUUAUGACAAACAGGUGCCGCAUGAUGGAACAGUAGUCAAACUCUGAACAUUUCAGAAAUGUGGAAUUGUUAUUUAACUUUUUUAAUCUUUCUUUCAUGAUCAGGAAAGCUAGUAGAUUGCCAGUUCAAGCAGCAGGGACUAAACGCUGAGCCUGAAAGCCACCCAUAAGAGGCUGGGUGGGGUUGAGGAGUCGCCCAAAGAGGGGCAUCCUUUCUGCAGAGGAAGGAGGGCCAGGGAGGGAGCUGCCGGUGAGAGGUUCCCUUCUAGACCGUUGGCCAAGGUUGGGGUUUCAGGCUGGAGAACGGCGUCCCGGAGGCUAAUCUGAACCUGCAGAAGGAGCAACUCUACUAGCAGGCCUGCUUUGCACACACACACACACACACACCCCGUCUCUUGUGGCCGGCAGUGUGGCCCUCAGGCUGUUCUCCGGUUGCCCAAGGGGCUUCCCUGAGAGGCUCACCUGAGGCUCCUCAGCCAGCAGCCCCUCUCUUCCAGGUAUCCUCCCCCCUGCCUCCUGGGACAGAGACUAGAACAGUCUCUCUCUUUCACCUUGGCAGGUGAAGCCCAUGCUGCAGGCUGAGACCAGAGGCUGGGUUGGGAGGACCUGUGGAGAAGGAGGGACACGGGGACCCUGAGGUCUAGGAGGGACCGUCGCAGAUGGCUCUGGAGGUGCAGGAAUCUUUAAAUCCUAGGGGUAGUUGCUCCUGUGGGCAGAAUGCGAGCACUCCGGGCGUUUGUGCAAAAGGCGGCUUCAGGACUGACAUCCAGGGCACUGCUGGGAGGAUUGCUCUGGCUUCUGGGCUUGAGGACGACGAGGCUGCCAAGCCCGGCCCGGAGGCCACUGUCCCCAGUCCCAGCAGCCUGAAAGUGGAGUGCAUCAUCUGUUACUGUUGCUAUGACCUCUCUGCCCACCUCCCUCGCCGCCUCCACUGCGGCCACACAUUUUGCCAGGCUUGCAUCCGGCGCCUCAACGUGGUGGCCAGUGAGCAGUGGUGGAUCCCGUGUCCCCAGUGCCGCCAAAACACCCCCACCCCGCGUAGAGGGGUGGCAAUGCUUGACUUGGACCUUGUGGCCUUCCUCGCCAUCAAAUCCGAGAAGGCAGUUCCCCAGCAGGGAGGCCGGCUGCAGCUGGAGUGGUUCUCCAAGGAGAGGCCGGUCAUCACGGAGCAGCCGAAUGGCUCCUGCCAGGAAGUUCUGCCUGAGCCCCAGCCUUGCUUUCCCCAGAACAGCUGCUGCCGCUGUGACCCCAUGCUCUGCUGUGGAACCCUCGCAGCUUUUCAGAGCUGAAUUAGCUUCCUGCCUGCCUGGGGCAGAAAGUGAGAAGAGAGGAGAAGCCUUUACUCAUUGCUGAACUGCAGAGUCCAGGAUUUUCUGAAAAUGUCUCCAUCUUUGCUGCAUCUUGCAGGACUUCCCCACUCUGGUGGCUUUCUAGCAAAAUCUGACCAGCCCAGGGCUGGAUGUAAAUCUUCUGGUCCGUCUCAGUGCUUGCUUGGGGAUAGCAAUCUGGGCAUGGCUGCAGACGAUAGCCGGCCGGUCCUAUUCCUCGGUUGUGUACUUAGCGAGGUGUCUUGGUUUUUUUCUUAGUUGAGCCCCCAGGGCUUCCCUUGAGAGUUUAGACUUCUGCUGCUGAGAGUGUGCAGAGGAUAAAUCUGACCUGCAAGGGUCUCUCCCAGCACAUCCGGUGGCUCAGACUCUGCCCCGGUCUCUUUUUAGUAAAUGACAGGCUGCUUCCAGAGAAGCACAAGGUCUGGAAUGGCUGCCAUUUUUACAGAGGAAGGAGAUUCCUAUGUGGAGUUUGUCUGAAAUGGUAUAGGAUCUCGCUUAAGCAAGGGGGUUAUACUAGAAGACCUCCAAAGUCCCUCCAACUCUACAAUUCUGUAGCUCUGCUCUUCUCCCUCUUUUAUCCUCCCCUGAUCCCCUCUUGUCUUUCUGCUGCCCUGGGCAUCAGGCACCCUUGGAGCAAACACCCUCAGGCCUUCUCUGUUUUCCAUGUUUGAAGAACAUGCUUGGGGUGUAACUCUAUUGGAUGCUGAGGCUCAGCAAAGUAACAUUCUUUAACUCUAUAAGUUUUGUAAAAGGUAUAUUUUCUUAAUAUUUUUAAGUUAGUCUCUUCUUCAGAAACUGGAAUGUCUUUCUGACAAGAGUUCACAAAUGAAAAAAUAUCAUACUGCCGUGCUGCUGAAAUAGUAAUAUUACAAUAUUUUCUGGUAUAAAUUAUAUCAUUAUUAGAAGAAAGUAAUGUUAACAUUGAUGAUCUACAGAGGUGCUAAUUUCACAAGAGGUCAGUACCGGACAGUAAAUUUUGAUUUUCAAAUCUGUGAUACCUGAAUGCUUCUCAGACACUUGGUAAAAACGUUGUUUAACUGCCUGUUUUUCAUCUCCAUCCCCUUAAUUUCACUUGUCGAAUUUGGCACAAGUGAAAGUGCUGAAUCUAGCCCAUCUUGGAUGUUUGAAUGACAGGUAGGCAGAGUCAUAUCCGAUCAUGCAGGGAUCUAAAAAGUUUGGCUGCUUCUGCUUUCCUGAUGCACCAUUCCUUGAUCUGCAAAGUCAUAUUUUAGCUUGAGAUGCUUUGAUUGUUUUUAAUUAAAAGUCACAAGUCUGUUUUUCCAAAUAUGAACCUGCUCAUGAUUUUUCCAUGCCUCGAUAUUUAUUGAUUUAUUUUUUUAUAAGUGGCUGUCAUUAUAAAAAAAACCCAGGCAAAUUCUUACUCAUGAGUGUGCUUAAAAGGCAGCCACAAAGUUUUACAACCUGCCCCUGGAGGUUGCGCAGAGGGGUAGCCCCACAUCAAGGGGAAGCCAGCCUGGGAACCUCUUCAGGAAAGCCUGCCUGGAAAGGGCAGCCAGUUUCUGGGUUGCGCCUCCCCUUCGGGGCAGGACGCAGAGAGUCUCUGCAGAGGCGGGCCUGGGGAGGCUCGGGGAGACCUCGGGGCCUGAGCAGAGCCCUAGGCGUCUGGGCCUGCUGCUCUUGCUUGUGGCCAGGCGAGAAGAUAGGUAGGAAGCAUUCGGGCAGGUCUCCUGUUGCUCUGACCCUCGGAGGUCUCUGGGCCUGCCAAACUGGGGAGGCGCAGGUUUCUAGGGAGGUUUUUGGACGCUGCCUCUGGAUGUCCA